AACUCCGGGAGGGGACAAUCUGGGGAGAAGAGGAGGACAGACCAGACCAGGCGGCCAGGUGGUCUGCCCUGCCUUGCCGAUCCCCUUUGGGGGGGUCGUCUAAGAGUGAGCAAGGUUUGAAGAAAUACUUCAAGUCAGCUCUACUGGAACUCAUUGUUAUUCUUCCAAACUUGGCAAGAAAAUUAACCAUGAAGAACAUGUGCUUCCUCAAAUGAAAUGCAUUGAUUUUUGGACCAGAGAGCUGCACAGCUACCACUUGCACUUGGUACCCAUUUCCACAGAUUUCCUACAAAAUAUUGAAAUGACAUCCUUACAAGGUGCUACAUUGGGUCGAAGUAUGCCAGUUGAAGUGGAUGAAACUAUUGACUGGUCUCCAUUUCCAGAACAUUUACUGAAAGAGGCAUUGAACCCUUCUGCAGAAAUUAUAAAUAACUCAAUGCCUAUGGGAUCUUAUCCAUCUCAAACGUCUCAUCCGAUGAAUGGGCAACUAGGAUUCUAUAAGCACCUUGAUCGUGUCAAUUAUAAUAAUGGCAUACUAGAAACUGAUGGCCACAGUUUUCCACAAGACAUCUAUGAUUCUAGAAGUGGGCAAUUUCCUGGCCCAUCCAGCAACUCCACAGAUCAUUCAGAAUGUAAUCAUUUGCCUCAACACAAAACAAACCAGCUCUUGAGGUCUCAACCAUCCGCUGAUUCUCCUGACAUCGGGCACAGUUCUAGUAAUUUGCAAAGAAGUUCAUCUGAAAUAGCCCAGCAUUCACUUGGUGAAAGUCAGGAAAAGGCAAAGCCAAACUGGCAGCACGAUAAUAGGGUGCCAGUAGACCUAAGGAUAGAAGAUGCAGGAUAUGAUUCUCAGCCUCAUGAUCCUCUGGGCAUUGGACAAGCUGAGCUUCUCUUGUCCUUUACUUCUGCUUUGAACCUACAAGACCUUCCAAAGUCUCUGAAGUCCAGAGAAUAUCCACAGAUGGACUCUCAGUCAUACCCUUUAUUUCCACAGAUUCCCCAUCUUUAUAUUUCACCAGAAGCUCAGUGGCGUCCAAGAUACUACAAUCAUAAUAUGUACCGCCAGAAUCCCUAUGGGCAAGCCCCCUAUCAACAUUUGGCAUGUUCACCUCAAGUGCAGCUUCCUCUUCCUGGCCCUUGUGCAAGAGUCAUCCGCCCUGCUCAGCAAAUAAUCCCGCAUUAUUCUAGUCCAUAUGGACCCAAGUGUAAUGAAGGAAGGCUGCCUGAGGGGGAAAGCUCUUCCGAAGGACUUCAGAGAUUUCAUGACCAGUGUCAGAAGCAGAUGCUUGACAAUAACACACCAUUCAAAAUAAACGGUGCCCAUGAGGGCAUAGAGAGAGUUCCUUUUGAUUCCAUGGCUCAGUCUGGCAGCAUGUCCACCCCUGGGGCUAUCCCAAGACUCCUGAAUAAUUCUGCAGCCAGAGGGACACUGAGGACCAGCAACUUGCCUGAAGAGCUACGUAAAGUCUUUAUAACCUAUUCUGUGGAUGCAGCUGUGGAGGUCAUGAAAUUUGUGAACUUUUUAUUUGUAAAUGGAUUUCAGACUGCGAUUGACAUAUUUGAGGACACCAUUCGAGGAAUUGAUAUUAUCAAGUGGAUGGAACGUUAUCUAAGUGAUAAGACAGUAAUGAUAAUCAUAGCAAUCAGUCCAAAAUACAAACAGGAUGUUGAAGGGGCUGGAUCUCAGCUGGACAAGGAUGAGCAUGGUUUACAUACUAAGUACAUCCACAGGAUGAUGCAAAUUGAAUUUAUACAGCAAGGAAGCAUGAACUUUAGAUUCAUUCCUGUCCUCUUUCCCAAUGCAAAAAAGGAACAUGUACCUAUCUGGCUUCAGAAUACUCGCAUCUACCAUUGGCCUUGGAAUAAAAAGAAUAUUCUGUUGCGGUUGCUGAGAGAAGAAGAGUAUAUCGCACCUCCAAUAGGACCUCUGCCCACGCUCCAGGUUGUUCCAUUAGGAGCACACAUCUGAAGCACACAUGGACUAAAUGUUGUAUGAUUCUCUUGGCUUAUGGCCAGGAUUUUCCUGGCUCCUCUUCUGGGUGAUGAGCGGCAUGAUGAACAGACUCUCCCCUUCCCACCACAAAUGGAAUUGUCUUGGGGUGCAGCAAGCCAAUGUGUUUUCUUCCCUUCUGAAUGUUUCUUUCUGAUGCUGAUCAGGCACAUUGCUACAUUUCAACAAACUGCAAAUGGAAAAAUAUAUUUCAUGAUGGUUGCUUUUCUUCUGUCUUGACCAACAUUCCAAGUCUGCGGCAAAGCAAACAAACACUAGAAUGAGGCUGAAUAUGCAAAAAAAAAAAAGGAUACUCCUGUUGGCUCACAGCACCUUUUGUUGUCAGACAGAUGAACAUAUAUUGUAAAACAAUAUCACAAAGCUGUUUCAUGUACACGAUAAAGGAGUUACUUUUCA